AGACCGUACCUGUGUGUAGAGAUCAGUGUCCUCCCCCUUCGGUAGCUUCGCGUGACCUGGCUCGUGCUGAACUAGAACUCUGCGUUAGUCUUCUCGUCAAAAUGUUGUAUCAAAUCCUCUUUGUGUUCUUGGCUGCUGCAGUUUUGUUUGACAGCAAUGAUGCAGCUGCUCCCAAACCACCUACCUUUGGCAGCCGGUACCAUGCCAAGGGCUUUGUGCAACUGCCUUAUGCUGAGCUCAAUGAGCCCUUUGAAAUCUACUUUGAUGGACAGAAGAGUAUGGGCAGGAUAGAUUUUUACGGAGGCAUGGACCAGGCAUUCUACGAUGGUGCCAAGAAGCCCUACGGCGUUGCUUAUGAGGUCUACCCGACGGUAAAAAGUAAGACCAGCACCACACCAGAGACAACAUGCCUGACAAUGACAGGGAAAAAGGGGAGCUUGAUCAUGCCACAGAGCAUGCUGCCUAACCUCAAUGGCUUCAAGCCCAAUGGUCAGAAGCUUAUCAACGGGCAGAUGACGGAUGUCUGGAUGAUGAUCACCAAUCCCAAGACUGCUAAGGUCAACACAUAUAUGCUGUAUGUGUCACGGGGUGCAAAGGUCAGACCGGUCCGCUAUGAGAUGAUGGGGUAUGACACUCUACUGGGCUCGCACUACGACAAAUAUGUCAUUGACUAUUCCAUGUUUGAUGACACCACCGCCUUCCAAGCUUCUGUGUUUACACCCCCUAAAGUAUGCAAUGUGACCUUGCCAAGCGGCAUCGAGAAUCACAUCCGAGUCAACCCGUACCAGGAACUGUUCAACCCGGAGUUGGGCGACCGCUACCAACACAUGUUCAAGGAGUACAAGGUCAAACAUGGCAAGGUGUACGCUGACGAGGAACAUGAGAAGAGAAAAGUCCAAUUCAUGCACAAUGUCAGGCUUAUCCAUGGCAACAAUCGUCAGGGCCUGGGCUUCAGCCUCGCUGUCAACCAUCUGGCUGACCUAUUUGAUGACGAGCUUCGCAUGAUGCGCGGCCGCCGCCCCUCAAACAGGGAUGAUAUAGGCGGGGCACCCUUCUCUACGGAAGAUUUCAAGAUCAAGACUCCCCCACCGUCCCUUGACUGGCGACUUAAUGGGUCAGUGUCACAAGUCAAGGACCAGGCUAUCUGUGGCUCAUGCUGGAGCUUUGGGGCAGCCGAAGUUAUAGAGGGUGCUUACUUUAAGAAGAACGGGAAGAUGGUGAGAUUCUCACAGCAGAAUCUGAUGGACUGCUCCUGGGGCUUCGGUAACAUGGGCUGCAAUGGAGGGGAGGAAUUCCAAGCUUACGAGUGGGUUCUGGCCAAUAAAGGAUUGAUGACCGAGGAGGCCUAUGGACCGUACUUGGGCCAGGAUGGAAAAUGCCACUUCGAUGCGUCCAAAGCCGGAGUGAAGCUAUCAAAUUAUACCAAAGUGCAGUCUGGUAACAAGACAGCUCUUACACUGGCCCUGGCCAAUGUGGGUCCCAUAGCCGUGGGCAUAGAUGCCCAUCUGAAGACGUUCUCUUUCUAUGCCUCUGGUGUUUACUACGACAAAGCAUGCGGUAACAAGCCGGGAGACCUGGACCACGCCGUGUUGGCUGUGGGCUACGGCACUAUGAUAGUGGACAAGAAAUCUACCCCUUACUGGAUCAUCAAAAACUCCUGGUCCACCUACUGGGGGAACAACGGCUACGUCCUCAUGAGCCAACAGGACAACAACUGUGGUGUGGCUACGGCUGCGACUUACGUCAUACUGUAGGAGUGCCGCAAGGCUGUGUAGUCAUCAGCAUGAAACACCGUGCUGUAAGCCAAUCCGAUAAUUAUUUCAUCGAGACCCAUACAAAUCUAAUCCUUUGAGUAUUCUAUACAUCCAGCUUAACUGUGUGUUCCGCUUUACACAAGCUUUUUCAACCUUUUUUUUAAACUGAAUUUGCACAUGAAGAUCACAGUUGGUGAUGUAAUGACAAGACAUCACCAAAAGACAGUAACAAGUUAUCCAGUCUUCAAUCAAGUGACAAGCCAUUGAAAUGAACUGUGACAAAGGCUAUCCGAUUGGCACAAUUCAUCCCUUGUUACUUAGAUACUUGCAACUGGCCAACUUUUGAUUUGCUAGUUUAGAGCUCAUUUGCCUUUCUGGAUGGAAGUGGAACACACCUGGGAUUGCCAGUACAAAUCUGGUACCAAAGCGUGCCUAAUGCACCAUCAACAUCCUCUUAAGAAGUUUCAAUACAGUGAUGUCUAUUUCAAGAGGCUUUUGGGUAACUGCUAAUUGAAAAAAAUGCUCAUAUAUCAAAUGUAACCUGAUGCCUGCUGUAUGGAGUAUACAUAAGGUGUUUAAGGACAGUAACAUAACUUGAUCAUGUCAUUCUUAAACUGCACAAUGUAGGCUGCUGUUCAUUAUUCAGUGACCUAAAAGUUAGCACAAAAUUUCCAUUUUCCCCCCAAAAUUCUGUGACAUCAAAUUAAUAAUUCUGCCAGCAAAUGUGAAAAAUCAGCACUUGUAUCUGUAAAUGUUGUAACUUCUAUGCAAUCAAGUUGAUGUGAAAUUCAAGUUUAAACUACCUUGGAACUGGACAAGGACCACCAAGAAAUAUUUUACAUACUUAUUGAUCACUUGAUAAUGGAAUUUUUAUUUUCAAACUAGAAAUUGCCACUGCUUUAAAAGUUAUGCAUUGCACUGAUAGCUCAACUGCAUAAUCUAUUUUUAUAAAAUCUACUUAGAUAGGACCACUGAAAUGAAUAUGGAUUCACAAAGCUACUUAGAGAAACUACUUAAACAAUUUUAACUGACAAUUUUUUGUUCCUUUUAUUUGUUUCAUUUGUUAAGAGUUUUCCUUCCAGCAAAUAACUGUGCAAAUGAAGCAGUAGAGGUGAAAUUUUGUCCAACUGCAGGUAGGGAAUUUCAUGGCAUAGAAUAAGCCGGGAUGAUUUCUCAAUACUCAGUGAUGUAUUGAAGUAGGUUGUUCUUGAACACUCACAAUACCCAUGGAGUUACCUGGUUUUGAGUUUGUUUGUUGCUUUUUCAACUGCUUAUUCUGAAAGUAGCUGUUUUGAAGAGAAAGCAUGUUUUGUUUCGUGGCAGUGUCUAGUCAUGUCUGAAUACUCAUGUUCACUGGUUCAAAUAUGACCUCGGCUAAUCGUCAGUGGUGCCUGUAUCUGCUAGCUCCCAUUAAGCUCUUGUAGUCAGGAACAUUUGGAAGUUAGAAAAAGGACUCAGCUACACCUCUGGCCUAGGUUAUUCCUCUAAUGCAAUUAAUUGGUAAGUGCACAUUCUAUACUGUGGUUUUACGUAUUCAGUUUGACAUUGGUCACACAUGUACAACAAAAACACACCUAAGUACUUACUCCUUGUGAGAGACUACACAUUACACAGAUAUCAUGGGGACCAAAAUGUUACGGGGACAAAUGUUUGCCCCUGCAACUCAAUCUUGAUUUUUUUGAGAAAAGAAAAUGUCCCCUCAAUGUGGUGAAGGCCAACCCAAGCAAACAUACUUGAUCCGUAGUUGCGACACCUACUUGUACUCAAACAAGACAUUGUUCCCUCAACAUGAUACCCAACACGAUAUGUGGCAAAGGGAACCCCCCCCUUAAUGCCAUGCACAAACUACAUAACCCAAGGCUAUUGUGCCUCAUGCACCUCCCCCCCCCCAAAUCUGAAAGGAAUUCCAAAGAUUCAGUCAACGUGAAAGAAGCCACUAUAGAGUGGGGUCCCCCUUUGCCACAUGUGGUGCAUCCUAUGUCAACAUGAUACCCACCAGGGGGCACAAUUGAACACUAAUAAUGCAUGUGAGCUAAGGGAGUGUCCUCACUCAACAUUCAACCAUCCUGAGUGCUCUAUCCAAUAAAGAAUGAAGGGUCCUUUUUCUUAAUCCUUGAAUAUUUUGUUCCCCAAGGCUUUGAUUAUCCAAACUCAGAUUAAAACCAAAUUCAGUACUAUUAGUAUCUGCAUAUUUGUAAUUUGCUCAAAGUAAUCUGUUGGACUUUCUUAUCAGUUUCAACUGACUUGCACCCAUGGCUGAACAUUAGUUCAAGGAAUGUCUUUCUUUUGUGUGUUAAUUUUACAUUUGACAAAACUUUGAAUGGCAUAAAAUGCAAGGAAGCCAUUGUUUACAGAGAUAUCAAUAACUUACUUAGAUUGGCUUUUUAAAUGAAGUGAGAAUUAUAACACCAAGUUUAUGAGUCAUGUUCAUUAACUGUAAAGUACGAUGCACUUCUGAAAUGUUGCAAACCUGUCUUGGAAAUAGAUAAUUAAAUGAACUGAAAAUUUCUCACACUUUGA